GGCGGGGCAGGAGCGGCGGGAGCGUCAUGGCGGAGCAGCGCUGGGAGCUGGUCCCGGGGACGGGGACGGGGACUGGAGCGGCAGCGGGAGAGGCCCCGCCGGGCGGCCUCUGCCAACGCUGCGGCGGCGGCGGCGGCGGCGGCGGCGGCGGCGGCGGCUCCUCCUCCAAGUGGGUCCGCCUCAACGUGGGCGGCACCUACUUCCUCACCACCCGCCAGACGCUGGGCCGGGACCCCAAGUCCUUCCUCUACCGACUCUGCCAGGCCGACCCCGACCUCGACUCCGACAAGGAUAAAACAGGUGCCUAUCUAAUAGACCGAGACCCUACGUACUUCGGACCGGUGCUGAACUAUCUGCGACACGGAAAGCUGGUUAUCAACAAGGACCUCGCGGAGGAAGGGGUGCUGGAAGAAGCGGAGUUCUACAACAUCACCUCACUAAUAAAACUCGUAAAGGACAGGAUAAGAGAACGAGACAGCAAAACCUCACAGGUGCCGAUCAAACAUGUGUACCGGGUGCUGCAGUGUCAAGAGGAGGAGCUCACCCAGAUGGUGUCCACCAUGUCCGACGGCUGGCGGUUCGAGCAGCUGGUCAGCGUAGGCCCCGCCUUCGGCUUCGGCCGGGCCCACCAGUCAGAGUUUCUGCUGAUAGUGUCGCGGGAAGUCAAGGGGGAGGAGACGCGUCUCCAGAAAAGCGGCGGCGAGCUGGUCAGCAUCGGUUCUUCGUACAACUACGGAAACGAAGACCAGGCCGAGUUCCUCUGCGUCGUGUCCAAGGAGCUACACAACACCCCCUAUGGCACAAGCAGUGAGCCCAGCGAGAAGGCCAAGAUCUUGCAAGAAAGAGGCUCCCGGAUGUGAAGGCCCGGUAUUGCGAGCUGGAGGAUUUUUUACAGUUUGAUUUUAUUUGAUUCCCCCCCCUUCUCUCCCACUCCUCUUCCAUCCUCACCCGCUCCCUUCCCCCCGCCAAGGUCCGGUGAACCGCCCGGCUCCCCCCGGGCGGACAGACAGACAAUUUUCCCGUCGUCGGCCCGGGCUGGGACCCCCUCCUUCCCCCCGGCCCGAAUCGGGGCCGGGAAGGGCGGCAAAAGCACUACAGGUCGAAGCCCGUGUGUGGGCCCGGACCGUUGGAGCUCUGGGUGUCUUCCCGCCGCCCAGGGCCGGGCCCUCCCCCCGCUCCCCGGCCCCGAGCGGUCAGCCGCUUUUUGGUAUUAAUCGUUGGCGAGAGCCGAGAGGACAACCGACUUGGUGCUACACAAAUUAUCGUCCUUAACUAUAGGGCCAGUGGCGGGGGGCUAACGAGAGGGCUCGGGAACCGCCCACCCCCUGGGAACACCGAUCCCAGCCCACGGCAAGAGAGCCACCUCCCCCCCCCAGGAGAGAGGAGGCCGGGGCUGUGUGGCCGGUCUGCCUCUGGGGAGGCGAGGACCCCUCCGGUCUCCCCACGGGGAGCCGUUCCCUCUGGCCCGGAUGGCGCGAGAACCCGGCCGAGCCGAAGCCCUGCCCCGGCUCCUCUGGGCCAGGGAGACCCGGGGGCAAGGGGGCUUCCCCGAGGGCCAGCCUGCCGCCGGUCAACCGGCCCUGGCCCCACUCAGAACGGCGCUCGCUGCCUUUGGUGUGAUGGGAGAUUUCUCAGAGAGAGGGUGCUUCGCCACACCAGCUGCCCGGCGGGAGGCGUGGCGCCCAUCAGGGUCUCCGGGGUCGUGGUCAGAACGCUCAGCCCUUCCCCCGACCUCUCAGGUCCGCGGCACCUGGAUCGCGUCGAAAGCUCGGGAUGUUUACAAUUCGUCAUCGGUCUCUCUCUCUCUCUUCCCGUCUCGCUUUCUCCCCGGGCGGCUGCCUUCCGGGUGGCUUUUUUUGUGUCUGUUGGGGGGAGUUUGUUUGUUUGUUUGUUCCCUGGUUGUCAUCUCGUCCUUUUUUUGUUUUUUAAACUAUGCAGUUCUUUUCUUUCUAGAAACAUUUGAGGGCUCUCACACCCAACCCGGGUGAGCUCUGCUGACCUCAUGUGAGAUUGGAGCUGUUAAAGAGUUGUUUAAAGGGAUGGGGGCGGUGGGGAGGGGGGCAACGGGGACCCGUUGGCAUGCUUUUAAAAUAGAUUUCACCAUUAAGCGGUAGAGUAGAACUCCUGUUGCUUAGAAGCACUACUAGGGGGAAGGUCGGAAUUUUUUUUUAUUUUAUUUUUCCCAAGUGUGGUGAGCAGUGAGUCGGGGGAAUGAGCGGUGUCUGAAGGAACGCGGGACAUCUGGAGUUUGAGGCCUUUUUAAAACCCCACAAACGUACAUAGAUACGACCCCCCGCACACAAACACAACCCUCCCCCCGCCCACACACAUAACUCUACACACCCACACACACACAACCCUGAAAUCUCGCCUGCGCUUUCUCCUCCGCCGUGCUUCUCCGACAUCCGAGCGUCCCGCUCCUGUCCGGAAGGCCACGUGGGCUCCCGGUUCGGCCGAUACCGUCGGUAGAGACCUUUCCAUCUGGUCGUGGGGGGAGCAGCGGGCCGUGGGACCUCUCGCCGCCCCACCCCUGACCUGGAAGAACUUGAGAGAGUUCGUUUUUGCCACCCGCGUGUGUGUGUGUGUGUUUGCGCGCGUAUGUAUGUGCGUGUGUGUUUUGUAAAAGAUAUCAAGACCUGAUGAAUCGACUAAACUUUAUUCUAAGGGGAUAUUUAUACUUUUAUACUUUUUUAGGUAUCCGUAUUUUAUCAGCUUCGAGUUUAGUGCCUAGGUUUCCCCUGAAAAUAGCAAAUAAAGCCGUGUACCUGCA